AUGGUGGGUAGAAAGAAAAAACCCAGUGACAAAGGGUCACAGGAAGAUAGGAUAAGCGAGUUACCUGAUGCUUUGAUAUGUGAGAUACUUAGUAUUCUCUCCACAAAGGAAGCUGUAAGAACAAGCGUUUUGUCCAAUAAAUGGAGAAAUCUUUGGCAAUGGGUUCCUGGAUUGGACUUACUCUCGUGCGAUUUCUCUGAUGUCAAUGUCUUUAAGAGUUUCGUUGAUAAGUGUUUGGAUUCCCACAAGGAGUCAUGGAUACGAUUCAGCAUCUCCAUGUUGAUGCGCUGUCCUGAUAAGCUACCUCUGAGCCUGUAUACCUGUGAAACAUUAGUACACUUACAACUCUAUGGGGUCAGAUUGUUUAAUGCCGAGUGUGUUACUUUACCUUGUCUGAAGAUCAUCCAUUUAGAACAUGUUACAGCUCCUAACGAGACCACUUUGGAGAAACUAAUCUCAUGCUCUCCAGUUCUUGAAGAUUUAACCUUCGCCAGCUGUAGUGCUGGUGACAAGGUUAUACAAGUGCGCUCUCAGACGCUAGAGAGAAUUUACAUAGACUGGCAUAUUCAAGUUGUGGUUGAUGCUCCUCUACUCCAGUGUCUGAGGACAUAUAUGAACUCAAGCAAAAACUUUAAGCUCAUUAAUUUGGGUUUCUCUACCAAACUAGAUAUUGAUGCCUGGUUUUAUCAUACGCCUGACACCUGCUUGAUUCAGGAUACCCUCGCCGAUAUAUCGAGGGUUAGGGACCUUGUUAUUAGUAAUGUCUUUUGGAAGGACCUAUUCCGUUUGAAUGCUAAAUUGUCAAAGUCCGACCUUGAAAUGUUGCAAACCAUUCCUGAGAGCUGUCCAAAACUAGAAUCCCUCAUAUUGGAACUGGUCGACGACCCAUUCUGCAGUCGUAAGAUGAAAACAGAACCAAAGGUGACGUUUACAACAGUGCCUGGGUGUUUGGGAUCAUCGCUCAAGUUUGUGGAGUUGAAACGUUUGAUCAAAGGGUAUAAAGGAGAAAUGGAGCUAGUGAGAUACUUCCUGAAGAAUUCAGCAAUCCUGGAGAUAUUAAGGCUUGAUUUUUAUCAUACCAAAAAGGCAAAGUGUGCCUUCUUUCAAGAACUCGUUGCAAUGCCAAGAUGCUCUAGCGCUUGCAAAGUCCGUGUUCUAUAA